AUGAAGGACAGACUCAACGGCCUGCCCCUGCUGUCCUACUGGCUGGCGCUCAUCAAGCAGUGCCCCCGCCUUGCGCCGAUUGAGCAGAAUGUUUUCGUGCUCUGCAAUAACAGCAACGAAGAGGAGCUUCGUCACUGGGCUUCGGAUCCGAGUAAGCCCGCUGGAGGCUUCCCCGUGGAUAACAUCUGCAGCAACGGGGCCAGUACGAGUGGCAGCGAUACCAGCGACCUGCAAGCCUGGAUCGACUCCCGUGGGGUCGCUGAAAACCUGCUGAUAGUCUCGGGGGAUGCGGUAUUCUCGCCGCAGUUCAACUUCAACCGGAUCGUGGAGCACUCUCUGAUUAGGGGGACGGACACUGUCACCUUUGUGGUCGCUCAAAUCGACCUCACCGGUGAAAGCGGCUCGGAGCUGACCGUCACGCCGUUGAUCUUCCUGCGGGAUACAUCGCUAUGCCAUUUGCGGGAGUGCCAGUCGCAACGCGCUCGCAGCGAAACCUCGGACCUGGGGGAGUUUUUGCAUUUUCUCAGCACCCAGGAGCCCAUCUUUGCUUUGGAGACAAUCGGUCUCUUUAAUGUAUCCACGCCGGAGCAAGCAGAGUACGCGGAUCAGUUUUUCAGAAUGUAUGCUCGCGAGCUGCGCUUGCAAAAGGAGGGCGUCCGAAACAUCAAGCACACAGAGAGCAACGUCCAGCUCAAGCUGGACGCGACGGCCGGCUCGCCGCUGACUUCACAUGAUGCCGGGCCGACGUCAUCAAGCACCGGCCGCAGCCUGAGCUCCACCGAACGGACCGCCAGUCUCGGAUCUCAGUCGGGGAGCAGGAUCGGUGUGACAGCUGCUGACAUGCUGCGGAUGGGCGAUAUCGGCCCCCUUCCGCUGCACGACAUCAUUAGCACGUUCCGGGAACGGUAUGCGGGCGCCCAGGCGGAACGGAUCGAGAGGGAGCGGAACGAGCCGAAGCUGCCACCCCGAUUCGAGGACGCAAGUAUGUUCCAGUGGAAGGCAAAGCAGGAGCACCCGGUGUUCACCACCAGCAGCAACGCGUACGGCAAGAAGGGGCCGACGCAGCACGAGAUGCCGCUCAAGUGGUCCGGCGUGAAGGGCGAGUUCACGAGCACGCAGUUCGCGGGCGGGCCCAGCAAGGGCACCACGGGUUUCAACACGUCGGUGACCAAGUCCAAAGUGCACAAGCUGAUGGACGACUUUUGA